CACCGUUUGCGCAUGCGCAAUUGUCCAUGUGCGAUAGCAAUUGACGCAGGAGAAAAGAGUACUCGAGAUUUAGUGGAAUUUAUGCGAUAAUCGCGUGUUUGUGGUUGAGGAAACAGAGCUACUUUGAACGUGUAAGACUGUUGUUGUGCUGAUUUCAACCUGCUGGUGUUUUAGCGUAACCAAGUGGCGUCUGUUUUGGUGGCUAGCUAAACGACGAAGAGCAACGUCCAGCUAACUUAACCUAAAAGUUACCAUCCAUAAGGUUUAUUGUGCUUUUAAUAGACCUUUAACAUUUUACAAUCCGAGUUAGUGCACAAAUCUGCGGAAUAGACGUCCCCGCUGAUGGUGGAAAAAAAAUGUCUGCAUCCAAAUACAAAUGACACGUUUGCUCGAUUCCGAUACUACGUUUGAACCGUAGCCCACUGCACUCAACAGCUAACGUUAGCUCUCUUUUUGGACUCGUGGAAUGAUGUGACCGCAGCCCUGCGCAGACAGAAUGGACAGGGACCUUUUGAGGCAGUGUCUGACCUAUCACGGAGAAUCGUUUUUCAACAAGCUCAAAUGUGAACAAACAGAAAACCCAGACUUCCAAGCUGUGCUGUCUGACCUGUGCAAGGUCUCGUGUGAAAGCAAGAGCGAUGAGCAGGACAGCCCGCUUGUGGAGCAGUUCAUCGCCCGAAAGGCCGACAUCCUGUUCAGUCCGGCGUGGAAGACCACCGCGCAUCAAGAAGAGGAACACGAGGAGGACGACGACGCUGCAGAGCCAUACGCCAUCAUGCCGCCUCUGGAGUUAUUCAUGGAGGUGUCUUUUGAAGAAAGACGAGCCAUGAUGUACAGGGACUUGGAGAAAGGAGACAUUUUGGUGGGGAGGAUCAACAACAUCAGAGAAUACGGCUUCUUUCUCACUCUGCUGUGCACGGCAGGAGGACUGAAGAGAGACAUAGAGGACCUAGAGCUGUCGGCUCUUUGCCACAUCAGAGAAAUCCCCUCGACUGGCAGCCACGACGAUCCUCUGUCUUACUUCCAGAUCGGGGACUUCAUCAGAGCUGCAGUCAAAGAUAUCGACCGCUACCAGGAGAAAAUCACAGUCUCCCUCCUUCCGGCCUCUCUUUCUACCAACUUGGAGCACAUUAAACUGGGCGUCGUUCCUCGGGAGGAGCUGCCCAUACACUACCGUCGUGGCGUCGAUGCAGCCGCUGACUCCAGUGAGACCUACGAAUGUAUACUGAAGAGCUGCCAUGGCUACCACAACCCCUCUGUGGUGGCCUACCUGCUCGAAAAGGUGGGAGUCAGUGACUCCCACCCUCCGUCAAUGAUGAGGGGACUGCAGAGCAAACUUUUUCAAGAGGAAGAUUUUGCUUCGGCAAUCCGGAAGAAACAGUCCGCAUCUUGGGCUUUGAAGUGUGUCCGUGCAGGUGUGGGCUACUUCAAACAUGGCCACCAUGUCGAAGCCAUGAAUGAAUACAACAAGGCCUUGGAUAUUGACACCAAUAACGUAGAAGCCCUGGUGGCUCGUGGAGCUCUGUAUGCUAACAAAGGCAGCAUCGUGAAGGCGAUAACAGACUUUGAACUGGCCCUGAAGAGCUGCCCAGAUCACCGCAACGCCAAGAAGUACCUGUGCCAGACGCUGGUGGAGAGAGGAAAGCAGCUGGAGGAACAAGAGAAACUAGUAACAGCAGAAGGAUUGUACAGGAGAGCCCUUUUCCUCGAUGGCUCAAGCCCUGAGGCGCAGGAGGCCUUGCACAAGAUCACAGACACCAUACAGAAAUCAAUUCGCCUGCGUGAAGAAGCGCUGGCCAAGGAGCAGGAGAAAGCUACGAGCAGCCAGAUCAGUGCUGAGAAAUUGCGCAAGAUCUUAAAAGAGGAAAAGAGAAUGAAGAGAAAACGGAAGAGGUCGCGCACUUCCUCCGCCUCCACCUCCACCACUUCCUCCAGGAACUCCUCUCCGCCGUCAUCGUCUUCCUCCUCCUCUCGCGCGAGGUCCAAAAAGAAGAAGAAAAAGAAGAGGAGGUCUGAGAGGGGCAGUAAGCGCCGUGGCAGGAGGAGUAAAGAGGGUAAGAGCGAGAAGGACAGGGCGCAGAGAGAGGAGGAGGACGAGGUGGAGUGGUAUCCCGCUCCCCCCAACACCUCCGCCACCUUUCUCAACCAGAAGGGAGGCCCGGGUUUCGGCGCGAGGGACGAGGGGGACGAGCGGCGUAUCUCUCGGCUGUACUCCUUGUCUGCGGCCUCGGAGGACGAAGAGUCUGACUCCUCGCGCAGGGAGAGGAAGGGAAGGGGCAGAGCGGAGAGCAGGGUAAAGAAGGGGAAACGCGGUCUGAGCAGAAGCCGGGAAAGAGAGGAGGGCAAAGGCAGCAGGGAUGGCAGCAGGGAGAGAGGCAGCGAGGGUAACAGGAAAGACCGCGGGGACAGUGACUCCAAGAGGAGCAGCUCGGGCGAGGACCGAAAGCGGAAGGUGUCCUGCUCGUCCGCGGAGUCCGAGUAUUCGCGCAAAUCCAGUUUCAAAUCGGAACAUUUGGGCAACUCGGGCUCCGCGUCGAAACGCGCCGAGGGAGGGACGAGAUGCGACUCGUCCAGGAGGAGCUCCUUGGAUUGCAGAAGGCGGGAGAGCAGAGGGCGGGAGGAGCUUCAAGAGUUAAUAGAGGGGAAGGCCGAGGGGGACGAUAGGAAGGGGAACGUGGUGGACGGCAGCAACCGGUCAGAUGCUGGAAAUCACACCAAACCCAGUAGUUUGACCUCGGUGCCAGAAGGGAGGGCUAACAAAGAGCUCCCAUCAAACCUGCUGGAUAUUUUCAAUCAAAUCGCUCAGUUUAAAAAGGAGAAAGGAGCCGGGCCGAAAUAAAAACAGGAAAGCAACGGUUCAAAAGGUGACGAAAGAUUAGUGAAACCAGGAACUGGGUGGUUGAAAUGAGGUUGUUGCACUAUGACCACCUGAAUUCUGGACUGUGUAUCAAGCUGAUUGAAUGUUCCCAUUUGUUGUAGAAUAAUGUUUUCAUUUGACUUUGAACCGUUGUGUUGAUUAAAGGCCUGUGAUUUAAAGUGGGGAUCAUCGGUGCAAUCCCACAGAACAUUUUCCACUGCAAAUAUUAUUUUCAUUACGGCUGUGCUCAUUUCCCAGUUGAAGCUGUGCCAUCAUUCAACACGUCUGAUAUCUUUUAUCACAGGCUUUCAUAUCGUUUUUAGUGUUCAUCUUAAGUUGAGACCUUUUCAUCCGUUAGACAAGACUCCGCCUGAUGUUUACUGCCUUGUGCCAUUUUGUGCAUUCUCUCUCUGGCUCGAUGAAAACCAAACGACCCGACUGUUGGUACUGUGGUACUUUUUUUAAGCGGCACUCAAUGCAGAUGUUCCAGUUGCAUCUUGAGACUCUUUUCUGUGUAGUACAGCGACCUCUGUUGAAUCAAUAAAACAUUUUAAGAUACCGCA